GACUUUGGCAACUCUUAAAACAAUAAGCAAACACGAGCCGCAUCGUCAACUACACGCAGAAUUUUAAGGAAAAACAUUGAAAAAUACACUAAUUGUGUGAAUCAAAUAAUAUUCGAAAGUAUAAAAAAAGUAAUUUCAGAGUGCAAAAAAGACGAUAAAAGUUAUUAAGUACAAUAGAAACCUUUUUGGUACAUAGAAUACACAGGAACAUAAUAGCAGCGUGCCGCGUGGAGCAGCACAUCCAGUUAAUUUCUUAAGAGUAAUUUUAAACCGCAGCACUGAAUUCGUGCCACGCGCCUCUUCCGCUAGUCCACAGGAUGGUACCAAUAGGUGUUGUGCAUGGUCACCCGGGCGUUCAUCAGCCACAGCCAAUGCCCACAGCACCUUCAGGUCCCAACACUUUACAGUCUUCUUCGUCUACAACACCUAGCACUCCGUCAAACAAGAGUUCAAUGUCUGUGAAACCAAAUUAUGCGCUAAAGUUUACUUUGGCCGGUCACACGAAAGCUGUAUCUGCUGUUAAGUUCAGCCCAAACGGGGAAUGGCUAGCUAGCUCAUCGGCUGAUAAACUGAUAAAAAUAUGGGGUGCGUAUGACGGUAAGUUCGAAAAAACCAUAUCUGGCCAUAAACUAGGCAUAAGCGAUGUUGCUUGGUCGUCAGACUCACGUCUGCUGGUAAGUGCCAGUGAUGACAAGACACUUAAAGUAUGGGAACUGAGCUCAGGAAAAUGUUUAAAAACGCUCAAAGGACACAGCAACUAUGUGUUUUGCUGCAACUUUAAUCCGCAGUCUAAUCUAAUAGUGUCUGGUAGUUUUGAUGAAAGCGUACGUAUUUGGGAUGUUCGUACUGGCAAGUGCUUGAAGACUCUUCCAGCGCAUUCUGAUCCUGUGUCUGCAGUUCACUUCAAUCGCGACGGCUCUUUGAUUGUAAGUUCUAGUUACGACGGGCUCUGUCGUAUUUGGGAUACGGCGAGUGGCCAGUGUCUGAAAACAUUAAUUGAUGACGACAAUCCACCAGUGAGCUUUGUUAAAUUCUCUCCCAAUGGAAAGUAUAUUUUGGCUGCAACGUUAGACAAUACUUUGAAGUUGUGGGAUUAUUCGAAAGGAAAAUGUUUAAAAACGUAUACAGGUCACAAAAAUGAAAAAUAUUGUAUAUUUGCAAAUUUUUCUGUUACUGGUGGCAAGUGGAUUGUAUCAGGUAGUGAAGACAACAUGGUUUACAUCUGGAAUCUUCAGAGUAAAGAAGUAGUACAAAAGCUGCAAGGUCACACAGACACUGUCCUGUGUACAGCAUGCCAUCCAACUGAGAAUAUUAUUGCUUCUGCAGCGUUAGAAAAUGACAAGACGAUCAAAUUAUGGAAAAGUGACACUUAAAAAUAUCCGGUGGCUAUUUUGAUCGGUUGCAUACUUAUAGGUUAUUGAUUAAAUUAGCUUAAGAGAUUAUUUUGAAAACAUUUAAUAUAUCUAUGUACUUUCUAAAAACAAAAACUCACAUAUAUAUAAAUUCAUCUAUUUCAUUUCUAAUAUGUAUCUGUACGAAGACAAAAUUGUCAUCUGAAUAAAGUUCUGAAACAAAUUUCGCUCAUGCGGUUUGGAAUGGACCCCUCCCGCUGAAAAAAUAUAUAAACUUACUCAGUUGAA